CGGAGGCUCUAAUCCGCGGUUCUCUACGCACUUCGUUGUAGAAUGUCUUAGUCGCUCAAAGCCACGGUCCGGGCUGCCAGCUUUAAAUUGAAUCUAGCCCGUACCUGGAUAAUCUUUUUCAUAAACCCUUACCCCGUGCAGCUUUCCCCAGAUAGGGUGCCAAUGGCAUCAUGGCGGGUUGCGAAUGUGUCGGUCUCGCAGUUUAUAUAUCCUUGGUUCCCAGGAUUCAGUACCCGGUUCACUCUCUCUUCUAUUCAAGUACCCAACUACCUUCCGCACACCUAAGCAUCCCAAGAUGAAAGCCUCGCUCAUCUCGGCGGCACUAGCCACAGCCGCUAGCGCAGCCGUCCUAUGGGAUGGGCGUUUCAACGACCUCAGCACAGCGGCCGACCUGAACAAGUGGUCGUGGGGGAACCAAGUCGGGCCGUACCAGUACUACAUCCACGGGUCCGGGACGGUGGACAAGUACAUCAGCCUCUCGCCCGAGUAUAAGAACCCGGCGGACGCGGUGGCGAAGCAGGGCGCCAAGUUCACGCUCGACAGCACGGCGUUCUGGAACGGGCAGAACAUGCGCCGCAUCGAGCUGAUCCCGCAGACCACGGCCGCGAUUAAUAGCGGUAAGGUCUUCUACCACUUCAGCAUCUCGAGGUCGGAUACGAACGCCCCGUCGGUGAAUAGGGAGCAUCAGAUCUGCUUCUUCGAGAGCCAUUUCACGGAGCUGAAGUACGGCUGGAUUUCGGGGGAGAGCGGGACGGAGAACCCGAAUUUGCAGUUCAUGGUCUCGCAAAACUCCAAGUGGAAAACGGAGUGGAAACCGAACGUAUGGCACAACGUAGCCUUCGAGAUCGACUUCGGCGCCGGCACGGUCGGGUUCUGGCACUCGGAGGGCGGCGACCCGCUGACGCAAGUCGUCGCGCCUGCCUCCACCUCGGCUUCGUCCAACGGCGCCGACUGGCACUUGGGCGUCCUCGAGCUGCCGCGCUCCGGAUACUCCGACGGCGUCGAGGACUUCUAUUUCUCGGGUGUCUAUAUCGAGAGCGGUCCUAUCACCACUGCUAUUGGUGGUCCCGCGGCGUAAAACCGACUACAAGUACGGGUAUCGGGGCGAAAUGAGAACGCAUUAGCACCGAGCAGAGUAGCGGGCGAGGUUACGGGAAUUAUUCUUGUAACUAGCAUGGUUCAAUUUUGUAUAUACGAACAACCUAUCCGAGUCUUCCUUUCUCAC